ACUAACGCUGUUGUUAAUGUUAAAUCGUUAACAGACAAUGUUACCCUUUAAAAUUAAAGUAUGCUGUAAACACCAUAACAGGCAGCACUUUUAAAAUUAGCGUUAACAAUAAGUUUGUGCAGUUUCAAGAUUAAAAAUUUCAUUUCGUUUUGAUAACAUUGACCCUAACCUAAACAAAUGUAGUUCUUUAAUUCAUUUAUAAAUAAAUUUUGUAUAUGAAAGAUUUGUCCAAAAUAUGAAAUCACUAAAAACAUGCUCAGGCGAACGAGUGUAUGCUGUAACCAACCACUUGCAUGCAGCUAAACACAAUUCAGCACUACAUGAUGCCCAACAGUUGAUGCUCCCACAUUGUUGGCUUCACUAACUCGCUCUCAUGCUCACUAAACGAGCGGCCAUCGGAAACGCACGAAUUGAACCGCCACUGACAGUUUCGAUGGCAAAGGCCAGGCAAAAAGCAACAUUGGCAUUUAGUUGAAAAAUUAAAGUGGCGUUGAACGGAUGUUAUAGUGACGGUUACGGACACGACGCAGGAAGGUCUAUGAUAUUCGAAUAAAGUGCAGCAGACGCUUUAGCUGUAGUAAAUAAAGAAAAUCAAAGUGAUGAAAUAUACAUAUGCAUGUAUGUGUGCUUGAAAAACAUUCACUAAAAAAAUUAUAAUUAUUAAUAAUAUUUAAGUGUUUAUACACGAGUGCAGUGAGUGAGCUACAUAUGUGAGUAAAGGCAAAUCUUGAAUCCUUGAAUAAAGUGCUUGUGAAAGAAAGUAAGAAAAAUUACGUGUCGCGAUAAAUUUAAAAAAAAUUUAAGUUAAAAAAAUUAAAGUGAAUAAAGUGAAUAAAGUGCAUAAAAGGAGGCAAUAACGUGCCAACAACAAAACAACAAUAACAAAGAAAACGUAGUGAAAACAAAAGCACAAAAGCAUAAAAAAGCAUCAAACGUCCUACGCAGGGUGGAUUAAAAAUCAAAUAAAAUACAACCGAAACGGAAAAGGCGAAACAGAAAUAAAAAAAUAAACAACUGAAUUGUCAAGUAAGAACAACGAAUGACAACUUGGCAAUUUUUGCUAUAAGGACAAGCAACGUGGAACGUGAAAAAGAGGAAAUAAAAUUUAAUGUGUGACACUACUAAAGUUGCCACAACCAAGUUGAAACAAGUACACUAAGACACAACAACUGUAAUAAAGUGGAAAGGCAAAAAGAACGGAAAACUUGCUAGACAGCGUGUGCCCAAAAGUGGUAGCGGCGAGUGUGUGGCGCUUUGUUAAAAUGUUCGAGACGACAAUUGCCAGUUGUUGCAAGUAGCGCAGCAGACUGUCAAAAACUUGUCAAACCAGCACACAACACCAAGUGGCAACGCUACGCUAUAUAGCCGCCGCUGUUAAGGAAGUGGAAGUGGAUCGACAGCAUUACGAGUGAAACACAAGAUUGUAGCAGGCGAAAACGAAGAAGCAACAACAGAACACAGUGCAAACUUGUUUUUGUGUAAAAAGGAAUAUAUGUACAUAUAUACAUAUAAAUGUAUAUAAACUACAUAUUUAUAUGUAAAAAUUGCUUUAUUUCCUUUCUCAAGCAACGUCCCUUUAUUUGUCUUUUGGGCGACAUGAAGAGCAAGCGCAACUAAUAAAUCCAACAAAAGAAGUAGUACAAGCCUUUUUCAAACAAAUACAGUAUCAAAUAAAAAAAAACUUCAAAAAAAAAAACGGUAUAAAAAAGAUGAUACAUUAAACCGGCAGUGAAUACGGAAAAAGGAGCAUCAACCUGACCCGAGGCUACUUUCGAAGCCAACUUGAGCAGCAGCAUAAAAAGCGCAACAAAGCCAUUACAGAGCUUGAGCGGUUGUGUAUAUCCCAAAAAAAAAAAAACCAAAAAAAAAAACCAAAAAAAAAAAAAAUAAAACAAAGAGGUGGGUUGAUGUGAGAACCGUUAGCUGUUAGAUACAAGUUUUGCGUGUGUUUCGAAAAGGGACGACAGUCCAAGAAGAAACUGAGCGCGUUUGAUUAAACACAAUGCCGUUCUAUGCGUAAAAUGACUAUGACGUUGCAGAUAAAGUGAACAUAGCAAGAAACAGUUACAUAAGCACAACAACAAAAUCUAAAAAAUUAGGAAAAUACAUAAAGUGCAACCAAGAGCAACCUGACUCACCAGAAUAGUUAUUCAUAUCAAAAAAAGGCAACCUUGACAUCCUCCCCCCCACACACACACACACUAUACUCUACAGGCACAAAUAACUGAGCACACAUUACACACAUACAUAUACUCGUAUAUUGUACUCCUACCGGCAGGACAACGGUAUUUUGUGCCAACAACGAAACGUCAGCGCAAUGCGUUGCACAGCAGGAUAGCUUGGCAAGGUUGGAAUGUAAUAUACUGCUCUUAACGGUGUACACGAAAUGUACGGAUGAUUUAAUAGCGUAGAAGAAGAAACAGAAAAAAAAGAAAAAAAAUACAAAAAAAAAUAAAUAAAUAAAUGAAAAAUCAAAACAUUACCUCAAAAAUAACAAAAACGAGCACAGAGUGCAGCAAAUAGUCGCUGUAGAGUAGUAAUUGCACGUCCGUCACAGCCAGCAUACGGCAAGUCGUCAGCAACUGUUAUUGCAACAUAGCGCACUCGUGCCCAAGCGUGAGUGUGACUGACGCAAGUAGUAGCAAAUAAUGCCCCAAGACAAGACACCGCAACAAGGACAAGCAAUCAGCGCAACGACGACUACGGCUCCAGCGAGCAUUGAACAAAGCCAAACGCGCGAAACAACAACAGAAUUGUCGUGCACAGCAAUGCCGCAGCAACAUCAACAACAGCAGCAGCUGCAACAGCAAGUGCCCGCAACGCAAGCAAGCAGAGUAAGAGCAACAACAAUUGGCACAACAGCGGCAAGCACGUUGUUAGCGGACGCCAACACGAACACCAACACCACCACCACCACCACCACAACAGAAACAGAAACUGAAAGUACAACGUACAGUGCGGCCAAUGUUGACAUGAGACGUCCAAACAGUAUAUACCAGCACGAAAUGUCCUUGAACGCCAAAGCAACAUCGUUAGAGGAUGAUCAUAAUAAUAAGAGCAGUAGCUGCAGCGGCAGCGCAUUGUUAACAACAAUAGACCGAGCGACGCAUCAAUUACAUGGUCAACAAACAACAGUACAGCUGCCAAGUGCAGCAUAUGCGCCAAAAACAAGUGCAGCAACAUCGACGCAGCAAUCAGGGGCAGCGUUUGCUGGUCGCCUGCCGUCAGUUGAUAACGAAAAUCAUAAUAAGUGCAAGAACAAAGGCAGCAGCUCAGGGCUGUUGAGACAACAGCAACAGAAACCACAACAAAAACAGCGGCUACAACAAACACAACAAGCACGCACCAUUGCUGCCGUCCCCACCAAAUCAACGCUGGGCACUGCAGAGAAAGCAAAUCACAAAUCCGCAUUUUUCCCAUCACUCUGGACCAGCCCCGAUAAUCGCGGCGCCAAUACAGUAUUUCAUAUAUUCAAUGUAAUAUUUUUUAUGCUCUGCCUCAUUGCUUGCGGCUUAGCGUUCUACAGCAUCGAUCGGCAUUCGCGCAAUGAAGUACGUUUGCGAAAACUCUUGCAACUGGACGAACGAAUAAAUGCGCUGGAGUUGAGAUUGCAAUUAUGUGAGCAGCGGCAGCAGCCGCUAAGUGGUGUAGCUGAUAGUGUUGAGCUGCUGGGCAGUAGUAAUUUGCAUAAUCGCGACGAGCAGCAGCUACAGCAACAGCAAGUGACGGAACCGAAACCAAACUUGUCCCUGGAUGUGACACAAACAUUGCACAAAUUGUCGCGUCAGGUGAGCGAUUUGCAUCGCUUACGUCGUGAUGUUUCCCACUUGCAAUUGUCGCGUCGUCAACAACAGCGUCGUCAGACAAGUUUGGCGACGGUGACCACGGUGGAUGGAUUACUCUUGCAGACACCGCAGCAGCAGCAGCAGCAGCAGACGCAUUCAGGUGAAUGUGGUUGUACGGCAGGGCCACCUGGACCACCAGGCCCACCGGGCAAACGGGGGAAACGCGGCAAAAAAGGUGAUACUGGCGAAAAGGGUGAUUCGGGCGUCAACGGCUUGAACGGCGAGAAGGGUGCCCCAGGCAGACCGGGUGACAAAGGCCAGAAGGGUGAUGUUGGCCAUCCAGGCAUUGACGUUUUCCAAACUGUGAAGGGUUUGAAGCGUUCGGUCACCACCUUACAUGGCGGCACUUUAGGUUAUGCUGAAAUUGUUGCUGUUAAGGGUUUACAAGAAGCCGGUGUGAAUGUAUCAGCCGCCACUGUCAUACAAUUGAAGGGUGAACCUGGCGAACCAGGCCCACCUGGACCACCCGGACCACCUGGUGAGCCCGGCUCACCUGGUUUGAAUGGCGGACGUGGUCCUCCCGGUGAAACUGGCCCAGCGGGACCAGCUGGACCACCCGGAGAACCUGGACCGAUUGGACCACCUGGCGUGGCGGGUACGCUAGGACCUAAGGGCGACAAAGGUGACCGCGGCGAUCGUGGUCUCACCACGACAAUUAAAGGUGACGAGUUUCCCACCGGCAUCAUUGAGGGGCCCCCAGGUCCACCAGGACCACCUGGUCCGCCGGGCUCGCCUGGUGAACGCGGCGAAGUGGGACCAGCAGGACCGGCGGGUCCACCAGGCGAGAAAGGACCACGCGGAAAACGUGGCAAGCGGAUUUUCGGUCCUGGCGGCGCUAAAGAUGAAGAUUACGAUGACCCACCGGUACAAUUAUUGCGCGGACCACCAGGCCCACCGGGCAUGCCGGGCAAAGAUGGUCGUGACGGACGUGAUGGCUCUAAGGGUGAUGCGGGUGAGCCUGGCGAACCUGGUUCAUUGGGGCCACGUGGCUUGGACGGUCUGCCUGGCGAGCCUGGCAUUGAAGGACCACCUGGUCUGCCCGGUUAUCAGGGCCCACCUGGUGAGAAGGGAGAUCGUGGCGAUAUUGGGCCGCCCGGUCUGAUGGGUCCACCCGGCCUGCCUGGUCCACCAGGUUAUCCCGGUGUAAAAGGCGACAAAGGGGAUCGUGGCGAUUCAAAGUAUAGAAAAAUGCGUCGGCGACAAGAUGAAGGCAUGUCGGAUCAGCCACACAUGCCAACAAUUGAAUAUCUUUAUGGCCCACCUGGACCACCGGGCCCUAUGGGUCCUCCCGGUCAGCCGGGUAAGCAUGGCGAACGUGGCUUGGAUGGUCUCAAAGGAGAUUCGGGUGAGAAAGGACAAAAAGGCGACCAAGGGCCAAUGGGUUUACCGGGUCCAAUGGGCAUGCGUGGCGAUUCUGGACCAGUUGGUCCCUCAGGCAAGGCCGGUUUGCCGGGUCCACCAGGUCUGGAUGGCAUGAAGGGUGCACAAGGUGAGACGGGACACAAAGGUGAACGCGGUGAUCCUGGACUACCGGGCACUGACGGCAUACCUGGCCAGGAAGGACCACGAGGCGAGAAGGGUUCACGUGGUGACGCUGGACCACCAGGCAAGCGCGGACGUAAAGGUGAUCGCGGCGACAAGGGUGAACAGGGUGUACCCGGGUUGGAUGCACCCUGUCCGCUGGGCUCAGAUGGCUUGCCACUACCGGGUUGUGGCUGGCGACCACCAAAGGAGCCAGUCAUCUCUACACCCGUGCACAAAGACUAUCUGCCCGAUGUGACAGCCCAUGAGAGCAAUACUAGCGACUAUGAGGCGGAGGAGGAAGAAGAUGAGCAAAACGAGGCCGAAGAAGAAUACGAUGAAUACGCAGAGAAUUUGCACAAUAAUGAUUAAGGAAUGGAAAGAGGGCAAAGAAGCGUUCACGACAUUUACCUCGUCAAAGAAAACUGGCAGCAGUGGCUUAAAGAAGAAUUAAAUGCGAUACAAAGGCCUGCUCGAAAUUAAACAUAUGUACAUGGAAACAUGCUUAUAUACAUAUAAAAGCGUGAACUAAUUAACUUUAUAUUAUUUUUGCAAGCAAACUCGAACUCAAUAAAUUAUGGUCAACAAACAGACGCGCAGCUCAAAGCAAGUCUGCAAAUCUCCUUUUACUACCUACCUUGCAACUAUACGCGAAAUGUUAGUUGUAACACCAUUAGCUCUAACAAGUAUUUAUGUAUAUCGAAGUCAACGAAAUACGAUUAAUAUUAUUUACGAAUAGUUAUUUGUAAUUUUAAAAUAGUGCUUAGUCUUAUAAAUAAAACAAAACUAGGAGUAAUUAAUUAUCAAAAGUCUAAGCCCAUAAUUUUGAUUUAUUAACUUAUGAACCAAAUCACUCCAAAAACGGUCGCUAUUUAAACAUGUAUAUAGAUUUAUAUCUUCAAUAAAUACUACUAUCCAUAACAGCUAAAUGCAAUAAAAAACAUGGCAAUAAUCCAAAAUGGAUUAAUUUCGAUUAUCAUUUGCCAAUGCCAAUGUUAAAAAUCCAUACUUGAAGUUUUUUUUUAACGAAAUGAGAAUCAGUACUAACUACUUACAUAAUAAACAUAUUUAUAAUCGUAUACAUCUACAUAUUUUACAUCAUAAACGAUUUGCAUAAAUUAAGGUAUAAAUAUUAAAACUACAUACAUAUAAGUUAAAUUAUGUUUAUCUUAUGCACGUAUAUAUAUUUAGUUGUUCAUUCUUAGUUUUAAAUUACUUGGACAAUACUUUUGCAAAUGUAACUAAUAUAUUUAAUAAAAUUGUAUUUAACAACAAAAAAAUGAAUCUCUAACUACACGUGUAUUUUGAUUUCACAAUUGAAUAGUGCCAAACAAGCUCUGGUCAAAUGUCGGGAGAUCGGCGGAAGUUCUUGCCAAAUAAAUUUUCUCAGUUUUAUAUUAGUUAACUGCUGCCCAAUUCAAUUUAUUAAUUCAAAUUAAAAAUGUAGUUUCCUAAGUCUGUUUGAAACCAU